GGCACGAGCGGAGUGGAGAGAGGCAGGCGGUGGGACGCGCUCACAUCACAGCACAUCACAUCAAUAACUCCACACGCCAACACAGAGCACUUUUACUCUUCUACUCCGGACAGGGGCAGUGAGGCAGGCUGGAGUUGUCGCACAGGGUUUAUAAAGCGUUUGUGUUUCUCUGAAAUGCGCCGCAGGUCUCAGGAGUUGUGCAGCGCGCGAGACUGUUUGUAACUGGCUUCUCCAAACUUUGGAGGUAAGAGGCGCGCGCGCUGGCUGGCUGGCAUUGCCUUCAUUACUUGCACAGCAUUAAUAAAUGCAUGAGAUUCAUCCAUUCAGCAUUUGUGUUGUAUUCGAAUGAAACCUGUAAAUGAUGAUGCUUUUGGUGAUGCAACUUGCAAGAUCCUGCUCAUGAACGGUGCAGGAUGUUUAAUAGCAUCACGAUGCAGCAUUUGUGCCCAGACAAAACCUCCAGUCCUGAAUUAACUCUGAACUAGUGUACAUUUGGGACCAGUGUUGUUUAAUUUAGGGACUUGGCUGCCAAGUAGCAGUGGGGAAAAAAAAUUCAUCAGACUUGCAUGCAUGCAUGCAUACAUACAUACUGACUUCGUGUUGAAACCUGGUUCAUGAGGAUGGAUGAGUUUCUUUCUGGCUGCACGGCUGUCGCCUCAUAGCAAGAAGGUUCUGGGUUCGAACCCAGCAGCCGGCGAGGGCCUUUCUCUGUGGAGUUUGCAUGUUCUUCCAGUGUCUGCGUGGGUUCCUCCGGUUUCCCCCACAGUCAUGUGGUUAACUGGUGGCUCUAAAUUGACUGCGAGUGUGAAUGGUUGUUUGUCUCUAUGUGUCGGCCCUGUGAUGACUUGUCCAGGGUGUACCCUGCCUCUCGCCCAUAGUCAGCUGGGAUAGGCUCCAGUUUGCCUGCGACCCUGUAGAACAGGAUAAGCAGCUACAGAUAAUGUAUGGAUGGAGUUUCUUUCUUUAGUAGCUGAGAUUUGGGGGCUGUUUUUUACAUUUGUCAGUUUUGCAGCCUAAACCACUGUGUGGGUUACACAUCUGUGACAGCUUGUGUGGAACCCCCCCCAAAAAAACCCACAACGGUGAUGAUGCUGAACUGUGGCCCAUCUGUGUCCUGUCCCAUACCCCCCUUAAAAAAAAAAAAAGUGCAGCCAUCAAGCUACACCCUGGAGCAGUUUAGUCUUAGGCACUUCAGUUCAAACAUUUUUCAUUCUGGCACUCGGCUAAUAGACCGAAACAGCUGUAUUGUAUUCUUCCACACCUGUCCUCUUUGGAGUGAGGAAAAAGGACAGAUGGGUCUGGACUGAGACGAACUGCAGUAUAGAGUUUCAGUUCUGGGACGAGAGGGUCAUGAGAGACUUGUUCUGCUGUGCAUCGAUUGUCCAGAUCUCAUUAUAGCGCAUCUGGAGCCUCACACUUCCUCCACAAGGCAUGGCACAUUCUCCUUGUCAUGCUUACUUAUUUCCUUAUGAUGGGUGUGUGUGUUUACAUCUUUGCACACAUGGGUGAUCAGUUCUGCUUCAUAACUUUGAGUCAAAUCUGUUUAAACCAAAUGUAACUGCAUACAUUUGCCAAAUUAUCAAAGCUGCUGUGAAACUGUGGCAAUGUGGUAAAUUAGAGGGGAUGCAAACUUUUGCACAUUUGGAUCCCUGUCGAUUUUCCUGUAUUGACUGAUGGUUGAGUGUUACUGAACUGCCUGGGUGUCUCAUCAAGUCAUGAGGUCAGAAGCAGGGGUCAUGCCUAAACCUGACUCUGUUCUUAUCUUGUCCUCCGGAGGAAACACACCCUGACAAUUACUCACAUCCUCCUUUCUUUAAACCUCAGCUCUGAGAAGCGCCAUUUUCUCCAGCUGAGAUUUUGGACAAUGGUGGAAUCUCUGAAAGCCUGGGCUACAGAGGAAGAAGAAAUCUCCCUUUAAUGGGGUUUGACCUCUGACUAGGGGCAGAGGAAAGAGCAGUGGCCAAAGGGGAAGAAAGAGUAAGGUGGAGGAAGUGAGAGAGAGGGCGAUAAAGAGAGAGCGUGACUGGGAGGGAGAUGGACUCGCUAUCAGCUGAGUCAGCAACUGUCGAUGAGCUGGUGGAGGCCUGUAUCAAUGCUUUUGAUGACACAGGGAAAUUGAAGGACUUGUCGUUGGUGCGGAUGUUUCUGAUGAUGCACCCCUGGUACCUGCCAUCCAUAGACCUGGCCAAGAAGCUACUGCUCAAGUCUCAGGAGGAAAGCUGCACUGCCGAGCUCAGGAGUCGAAUCUGCCACCUAGUCAAGUUCUGGAUCUCAGAAUUUCCUGUCGAGUUCAAUCUUAAUCCGGCUUUGGCUGAACAGAUUCGAGAUCUGAGGGAUCAACUCAACACUGAGGGCAAUGAGCAGGAGAGUCAGCUCAUUGAUGUUGAGAGUGUCCCUUCAUAUAAGUGGAAGCGUCAGGUGACCCAGCGUGUACCAUCCAUGUCAAAAAAGAGGAAGAUGUCCCUCCUGUUUGAGCACUUGGAUGCCUCAGAACUUGCAGAACAUCUAACCUACCUGGAGUAUAAGUCCUAUUGCAAGAUUCUGUUCCAGGACUAUCACAGCUUUGUGCGACACGGCUGCACGGUGGAUAACCCCAUCCUGGAGCGCUUCAUCAUGCUGUUCAACAGUGUCUCCCAGUGGAUCCAGCUUAUGGUGCUCAGCAAGCCCACGGCCCAGCAGCGCGCUACCGUCAUAACGCACUUCGUACGAGUCGCACAGAAACUGCUGCAGCUGCAGAACUUUAACACCCUCAUGGCGGUGGUUGGAGGCCUCAGUAACAGCUCCAUCUCCAGGCUCAAAGACACACAGGCCCAGAUCAGUAAUGACAUUAACAAGAUCUUUAACAGCCUGCUGGAUCUGGUGACAUCAUGUGGGAACUACAGCCAGUACCGGCGGCGUUUCUCGGAGUGUUCAGGCUUCCGGUUCCCGAUCCUGGGGGUUCAUCUGAAGGAUCUGAUCGCGGUGCAUGUGGCUCUGCCGGAUUGGACUGAUGAUCAGAAAACGCGUGUUAAUCUGACGAAGACCCAACAGCUCUACUCUAUACUGCAUGAGCUGGCACUGGUCCAGACCAUGCCGCCCAACAUAGACGCCAACACCGACCUGCUUAACCUUCUUACGGUCUCACUGGACCAGUAUCAUACAGAAGAUGAGAUAUACCAGCUCUCACUACAGAGGGAACCUCGAAGCUCCAAGCCAGCUAACUCAAACCCUGCCCCUAGCCUAGCGACUAAGCGGCCGUCGAUGGUUGAUGAAUGGGCAGCGUCGGUGAAGCCCAAAGCAGAUCCUGCUAUCAUCACCAAACACAUUGAGAAGAUGGUUGACUCUGUCUUCAAGAAUUUCGAUACAGACGGAGAUGGCUAUAUUUCCCGUGAGGAGUUUGAGAGCAUCAGGAAUAAUUUCCCUUAUCUCAGCAAGUUUGGAGAGCUUGAUACAAACCAGGAUGGGAAGAUCAGCAGGGAGGAAAUGAUAGAUUACUUUAUGAAGGCCAGUUCACUAUUGAACUGUAAGAUGGGCUUCAUACACACGUUCACAGAGACCACAUAUGUGAAGCCCACCUUCUGUGAACACUGUGCCGGAUUUAUAUGGGGGUUUUAUAAGCAAGGAUACAAGUGCAAAGUGUGUGGUGUGAACUGUCAUAAGGCAUGUCGCUCACGUCUGGCGGUGGAGUGUCGCAAGCGGGCAAAGAGCAUCAGUCAUGAGACUCCGCCCACCCUUCAAGCUCGCUCUUACAGCUUUCCACCUCCAUCUAACUCGCACUCUAAUCUCCAGGAUACAGUCAUUGCAGAGGAGGACACGGAGGCACUGAGGGAGGCGGUGUUUGAUGUCCACCUAUAAUCCAGCACGACAUCAUGUAAGCACGAACAACCACUGACAGGAACGUCAUCAUUGUUCAUGGCUUCCAGGUUCUUGGCAGAAGAUUAACCUUGGAAAAAUAUCCAGCCUUCCUUUCACCACAGCUCAACUCUAAUCCUAAUCAUACAGAGAAAAAAAAGCCUGAAGGCGAUGAGUAUAAAAGACACUUUUACCACCACCAUGACCACCACCAACACCGCUGGUCUGUUAAUAGCCUGAAUCAGACGUCAUCCUGCGAUUUUACCACUCAGAAAAGAUCAUGUCUGAUGUCCAGACACAGUUCCAGGACGAAGAUGUCAGCAUGCUUCCAUCUUGUGGGUGAGAGCUGCAAGUGCAAAGCAGAUCACAAAGCACUUGUUCCUCUUUGCUUGCUUUAUUUUUUUCCUCCUUUGAAGGUUAUCUGGAAUGUGAUAUUUUUAUAGGUAUUAUCUCUUUGUCAAUCGUGUUAGUGUUUUUCUAUUUCAAGUUUAAAAGUAAUCUUUUAGUCAUUUGUGAGACUAAUAAGAGAGCAAAGCCUGUUAUUAAAAGAUUAAAUGAUUAAAAAGGUUGAAAGGAAAUUAUGAAGUUUAUAUUUAUAAUCAUAAAACAUUCAUAUCAUGCUUUAUUGCAUUCAUAAGGAAAGACACAUCAUAAUUAUUUAUGAAAAUACAUUACACCUUAUAUAGUAUGAUAUAUACAGUACUAUGCAAAAGUCUUAGGCACACAUAAAGAAAUGCUGUUGACCAAAAAUGGCUUAAAAAGUAAGGAAAUUAAAUGUUUCAACAUUUAAAAAUUCUAUAAACAACAGUAAGCCAUAAUAAAUGAAACAAAGUCAGUAUUUGGUGUGAGACAACCCUUUGCUUUAAAAAAAAAAUAGUAGUCUGAGGUCCAGUGAGUGCAGUUUGAUGCGGAAAUGAGCUGUAGGUUUUACUGAGCAUCUUACAGAACCAGCCACAGUUCUUCUGGACACUUUGAGUGUCACACUCGCGUCUUCAUUUUGCACCAAAACCCAGCAGCCUUCAUUAUGUUUUCUUUUUUUAAUCUGAAAAGUGGUCUGUUAUGUAAUAUGCUGCUCAGAUACAAACUUUUUUUCCUGUAACAUUUAAUUUUGUGCUAAAAAGCUAAUGUUUGGACUCUAAGAUGUUUUUGUACUGAAUCGAUAAUGUAUUUCCAUCCGUCCAUUAUCCGUAACUGCUUAUCCUGUUCAGGGUCGCGGGCAAGCUGGAGCCUAUCCCAGCUGACUACGGGCGAAAGGCGGGGUACACCCUGGACAAGUCGCCAGGUCAUCACAGGGCUGACACAUAGACA